GCGCGCACCAACUUUGCUCUCCUUACUCCUCACUUCGCCUGGUCGACAGACUGGACGCACCACCGCACGCUCCGGGAAUGGGAUCUUUACUGGGUUCAAAGAAAAACUUCCAGUUCUUCCGAGUUUACGCUCUGCAGAAGCUACUCUUCAAGCUGCAGGGAUAGCAAGUUGUGAGCGCAGGUGCGGGGUGAGCGCAACAGAGAGCCGCCGGCCAAUGAUCUCCAAGACGCAGCAGAAGUUGUCCGAUUGUCAGGAAGCUUCAGACGACAGGAGUCAGCACAGUGUCAUAGAUUGGGUUCUGUUUGACUUGAUUAAUCCGAUAUUCGUGCGUGCCAGAGUUAUUUCAACCGAGGGGUGAGCCAAAUCGUCGUGCGUAAAGUUGGAGCUUUUACGCACGGAUCAAAGUUAGUUCUCGGAGGCGGCGAAUGCAAGAAAGUGUAAAAGACCACAAAUUUGUUCACUUUAAAGGUCGGUGAGAAUAUCAGCAGCCAUGGCGAAAUGGUUCAGAGAUUUUCCCAUCAACCUGAAGAACGGAAAUGAAAGAGUCCGCUCGGCCUCCGAAUCAGGUCCGCAAACUCGACCCAAACCUUCGUUCUCUCGCGACAGCCUGAAAGGAAAUCAGCGUAAAGAUGGAGGAGUUGGGGGUUUGCUUGCUUUGAGAAACAGGAAAAAUUCGGCUACAGAAUUGGGUCGCAACAACACCGGUUCAGGUGGGACGAUGUGGGACAGUCUGGCACCUGGGAAAGGUCGCAAGAACUCCAAGAUCGAGGCGCCAGACGAGAACCGACAGGUCAGGACCUCCAGUCUGGCGCAAGCGUACAUCAGCAGGAUGAUCAAAGUGGACAAACAGGACAAGACUCCCAAACUGAACGGGAUAACUGAGCAGAAGCUGCCGGAGAACGAGAAGGGGAAGUCAGACAUAAAAACAACACUGAUCAUCCUGGAGGACUAUGCAGAUCCUUUUGAUGCAGAGAAAACCAAGGAGCAGAGGGAGGCUGAGAGGGCCGGCAUGAAUGAUGGAUACAUGGAGCCUUAUGACGCCCAGGUCAUCAUCACAGACGUUCGCCGGCGAGGCUCCAAAGACCUCCUGAAAGUUUGCGUCCUGCUGGACCGAGGCCAGAAACAAGGGAAGGUCGAGGAGGGGACGCCGACGCCCCCCAACAUCUACGACACACCGUACGAAGGCGGCCUGCAGGGCGACGGCGACGGGGUGUGGAUCCCCGUCACACGACCGGAGUCCGACGUCCGGCCGGCCGGCGAGUACGAGCUGCCCUGGGAGUGGAGGAAGGAGGACAUCGUGAGAGCGCUGUCAGCUCAGUUUGAGGAUUGUUCUCACAGCAAGGAGAACGGUUCCACGUCCGUCCGGCAGCAGCAGUCCCAGCAGCAGAACCAGCAGCAGCAGCAGCAGCAAAGCCUGAGGCAGAAGAACUGGAGCCCCAGAUCCCUCAUCCCCGCCUCUCCUUCCUCCUCCUCCUCCUCCUCCACCUCCUCCUCCUCCUUUCCGUCCUCUCCCAUCCUUAAACUCUCCCCCCUCACCCCGUCGCCUCCUUCCUUCCCCACCCUGAAGCUCUCACCCCUCUCACCCUCCUCCAGCCCGAAUAAACUCUCCCCUCCGUCCCCCACGUCCCCCGCCGCCCCGAUGGACGGGGAGACGGCCAAAGCGGAUCAGAGUCUGCAGCUGGAGAAGCAAAGCUGGUACCACGGCAGCGUGAGUCGGCAGCAGGCCGAGGCUCAGCUGCAGCGCUGCAGGGAAGCCAGCUUCCUGGUGCGAGACAGCGAAUCAGGAACCAGCAAAUACUCCAUCGCUCUCAAGACCAGUCAGAGCUGCGUGCACAUCAUCGUGGCCCAGACUAAGAGCAGUAAGGGCUUGGUCUACACGCUGGACCAGAGCAGCUGCGUCUUCUCCAGCAUCCCUGAGCUGGUCCAUCACUACUGCUCCCACAGACUGCCCUUCACCGGAGCCGAACACAUGACGCUGCAGCACCCCGUGUCCCGGCCACAGCGGACAUGAAGGACGCAGACACACAGCUGAGACAUGUAUGACACGAAUGCGCACACGUGAACUUUUAACGCAUGUGUACAUAUAUAAAUAUACUCAGAGAUGUGCUGCUUUGUACUGUCUUUGUACUACAUUAACCCUCUGAAGCCAGCACCUCCCAGUGGGUUCCAAAAGCAUGUUAGAUUUUUUUUUUUUUAAAUCGCCAAAAUUACACCUUUUAUCAUAGAUGGAAACUGUAAAAACUGAAAAAAUCUACAUAUUUAACACUUUCGGACUGUUUUCAAGCUAAUCAUGUAUAAUGUGCAGUUCAGUUGGGAAAAAAAAACAAUAUAACCUUAAAAUUGUGAUAUUUAGUCAAAAUCAAUUGCCUUUUUUCAAAGUUCACCAAAUAUCAACCGUUUGUUUCAGCUAAUUUUUGAGCAUUAUUUAUAGAACAAUUUACUGUAAUUAUAUGGAUGUUACUUAUUUUUGUUAAAUUAUCCAUAAUUCUGAUCAAAAUCAAAGAAAAAAAAUACAUUUACAUUUUUAAAAAUUCAAAUAAAGUUCACAUCUUUAAGAAAAUAAAAAAUUGUGUAUUUUACAAAUAUGAAUCUGCUCUUUUAGUAUGUUUGACCAUAAAAUUACAGUUUUACACACACAACUGGUAUUUGAAAGAUAAAAAUAUUCAUAUUUAGAACUGAAAAAUGGUAAAUAUAAUUUACACAUUUCCCUUGUUUUGUUAAGUUACAGAUAAUAAAUAGUAAAGUCACAAAAAGUGAAAAUGUACACGUUAACCUUUAAACACCGCCGAAAAAUAGUAAAUCAUUUUUUACCUAGUAAUUUACAGAUUUUUCCUGUCAAAACAAAAUCUAACAGAAAAAGUAUUAAAUUACAUUUUAACCCUAAAAACAGCAACAGAAAAACAGGCCAAAACUGUAAAUAAUGAUCUCAUCAUAAAUGAAUAGUUUUACAAAUUUUAGUUUGCUCUUUUAUAACAUUUGACUGUAAAAUAUCACAGUUCUGCUGUAUUUAAUCAGAAAAAAUCUAAUAAAUUUCCAGAUAUUUGCUGUCAUUUGAAAGAAAAAUAUGUAUAUUAAGAAUUAAAGUAUUAACUAUUGCACUAUGCUUGAUUAAGUUAAAAAAAAACAUGACUGACUCAACAAUCACGAGACAAAAACUCAGUGAUUAUUCCGCUGAACUGCAGGUUGUGUUUGUAAUUACAGUGAAUCUUGAAUGAAUGAAAAGCUUGCUUUAUAUUUCGUGCAUCGUUGUGGUUAGAAAGGAGAAAUGUCUUUGGAAGAAAAAACUUUGGAACAUUUGUGCACAGCUGACUUUUAUUCUAUGCAAUCAUAUAUUAUAAUGUAUUUAAACCACCUGAAAUCAGGUUUGUUAUCUUUUUAAAAACUGCCAAAAUGACAAGACUUAUUAACCAGAAUCGUCCUUGUAAAAUAAUUUUUUUAAAUUUACGUCAUGUAAAACUACUGUAUUUUAUAUGUAACAUGCAUUUUUUUUUUUAAUGAAAAACAAGCAAAUUAUCCCCAUUGAACCAUGAUCUGAGACGUAAAGAACAGUACUGCACUAAAUAUGAUAGAAAUGAUAAGUAAUGGAGUUAAUAAUGAGAUUUCUGACAUUUUUGGAUGAUUAAAUAAACCUAGUGUCAACCUGA